AUGUGUUCAGGUGUCCUAUUUCAAAUGCUAAAAAUCAUGAAAAAAGUCUAUAAAAAUCCGGUUGUUACUGAAAUAUUACCAAUUGACAAGUAUCCAUUUUAUAAAGGUGAAGAUUAUCAUCAAGAUUAUUAUAAUCAGAAUCCAACGCAAGGUUAUUGUUCAUCGAUAGUCAAAUCAAAAGUAGAUAAAUUUGUUAAAAAAUAUCAAGAUUUAUUAAAAAAUAAUGUUCAAAACCAAUAA